AUGCCCUCGUUGUGUGCCCUUGGCGUGCUGCCACAAAAUGACCGCGUGAUUCUGGCCAUCGAUCCCAAGUAUGGAAUCGAGUCAUUCGAGGACAUGCGCCUGAAGCGCCCUGCACUCCGUAUUGCUACGUCUACUAACAAUGGAACCAAUUUUAUCGGCUUUAUAGCCCACACCUUCAUGGAGAGCUACGGCACUACAGCUGACGUUCCCUUGCCAGGAAAGAAAGGCUGUUUGUUUUCGUCACUGGGUUGA